GUUGUAGUGAAGGAGAUGGAGACAGCACUAGAUGGAAAUCAGGACAAAGACUCAAUAUUUCAUAAAGAAAACCCUCUUUUUGGUGCAGAUAUGAAUUUCUGCAGCUCAGGCCGCUAUGAUUUCCAGACGUCUGAUGUAAAGCUAAGUAAGUCAUCAGGAAGGAGAUACACUGUUCCUGUGAUUGUUAUAUUUCUGCUUCUGCUACUAGGACUGAAUGCCUUCCUGACUUACAAAGUCUUCACUCUGGAGGCAUGGGUUCACUCCGAACUGACAAAAAAACAAAAUGCAGAUCAGCAGGAAUCAUCCUUUUCAAAACAAUUAAACUCUGCUUUAGAUCAGCAUUGCCUGUCCAACCUCUGUGGAGAUGAGAGAGGUCUGGAGUCUCUGUUGUCACAAAUAUAUAUACUCAAUUCCAGUGCUCUCCAGCUCCAGUAUCGAGUGGACAACAUCAGCCAGGAGAAAGCACUUCCUGGACCUCCUGGACCACCAGGAGCCAAGGGAUUGCAAGGUUCUGGGGGUCCACCUGGUGCUAAAGGUUUAGAUGGACACCCAGGAUUACCAGGACAGAAAGGAGACUCUGGAUCACCAGGUAAAGCAGGUGAGCCUGGAGCCAGAGGUCCAAAGGGAGAGACAGGAGAGACAGGCAUUAGAGGACCAGAAGGCCCACGUGGGAACACAGGCACUCCUGGUGUCCCUGGUAUAAAGGGUGAAAAAGGAGUUAGCGGAGCACCAGGUUCUCCUGGUGCAAAAGGUCAGCCAGGAGAACCAGGUAGUGCUGGGCCACCAGGGAACAGCGGAGCAACAGGACCUAGAGGAACACCAGGCGUACAAGGACCACCAGGUGUUCCAGGACCAAGAGGUCCACCUGGUGCUAAAGAUUCAAAUGGACGCCCAGGAUUACCAGGACAGAAAGGAGACUCUGGAUCACCAGGUAAAGCAGGUGAGCCUGGAGCCAGAGGUCCAAAGGGAGAGACAGGAGAGACAGGCAUUAGAGGACCGGAAGGCCCACGUGGGAACACAGGCACUCCUGGUGUCCCUGGUAUAAAGGGUGAAAAAGGAGUUAGUGGAGCACCAGGUUCUCCUGGUGCAAAAGGUCAGCCAGGAGAACCAGGUAGUGCUGGGCCACCAGGGAACAGCGGAGCAACAGGACCUAGAGGAAUACCAGGCGUACAAGGACCACCAGGUGUUCCAGGACCAAGAGGAUCUGUUGGACCAAAGGGCCCAGAUGGGCUGCAAGGGCCCCCUGGACAGAAGGGUUCAGCUGGACAGAAGGGAGACCAGGGACAACGCACUGUAGGUGUUCCAGGGCCAAAGGGAGACAGAGGAUCGCCUGGUUUAUCUGGAUAUAAAGGGGCACAGGGCAAUAAAGGAGACACUGGCUCUCCUGGUUUACAUGGACAAAAGGGUGAUAAAGGUUCUCUGGGUCAAAAGGGGCAAAAGGGAGAACGAGGAUUCACAGGUCCUAAAGGAGAUAAGGGAGAAGAAGGAGUUAGUCAAAAGGUGCGCUUGAUUGGCUCUUCUAAUUCAGGCAGAGUAGAGGUACUGUAUAACUCCCAGUGGGGCACAGUGUGUGAUGACAACUUUGACACUCUGGAUGGCAACGUGUUGUGUAGAAUGUUGGGUUUCCAGCGAGCUACACGUGUUUUCACAGCGCCAGCAGGAACAGGUCAGAUUUGGCUGGAUGGAUUACAGUGUACAGGAACAGAGGCCAGCAUAUUUGAUUGUCGACAUGGAGGCAUGGGAGUGCAUAACUGCCAACACAGUGAGGAUGCUGGAAUAACCUGUUCCUGAAUGGCCACAAUAAACUGCCCCCAACCCAUAAUCCCCCCCCCAUUACACACACACAUGCAAUUCAGACUGAGUGUAUAUAAUGUUUUUGUUUGUUUUUAAAUAAUCACACUUACAAUACAGUAAUGCAUAUUGAAGAUUUAAAGAUAACAUGGUGACAGUCUUUGUCUUUCUCCAUCUUUCCCUACUCCUCUAACCUCUCGUUCUUAUUUGGACAGGAACCUCAUCUCAUCUCAUUAUCUCUAGCCGCUUUAUCCUGUUCUACAGGGUCACAGGCAAGCUGGAGCCUAUCCCAGCUGACUACGGGCGAAAGGCGGGGUACACCCUGGACAAGUCGCCAGGUCAUCACAGGGUUGACACAUAGACACAAACAACCAUUCACACUCUCAUUCACACCUACGGUCAAUUUAGAGUCACCAGUUAACCUAACCUGCAUGUCAUUGGACUGUGGGGGAAACCGGAGCACCCGGAGGAAACCCACGCGGGCACGGGGAGAACAUGCAAACUCCGCACAGAAAGGCCCUCGCUGGCCACGGGGCUCGAACCCGGACCUUCUUGCUGUGAGGCGACAGUGCUAACCACUACACCACCGUGCCGCCCUGGACAGAAACCUAUAAAAACUUAAAUAAGAUCUGUCUGUCUGGCUUCCUGUCUGGAUUUGUGCAUUAACCAUGACAUUAUUACAACAAGGAUCAACACAUUUCUUGGGGUCAAUUUGUUUGUUUGCUUGUUUAAUUUAUAUUCUACUUUUGCAACACACAAGGUCACACCACAAAGUAUGUAACACAAAGUAAUGUGAAUUUUUUUUUAAAAGGGAAGCCAUGGCCUAAUAGUUAGAGAAACAACUUUGGGACCAAAAGGCUGCUGGUUCAAUUUCCUGAACAAACAGGAAUGGCUGAAGUGCCCUUGAGCAAGGCACCUAACCCCCAGUGCCCAAGCUGCUUUGGGUAUGUUGUACAUCGUUCUAGAUAAGAGCCUCUGGUGAGGCUCUUAUCCAGAACGAUGCAGUCAUUUGCUCUGAAACUGAAUAUGCGCCUGGGAUGUAAUUGGAUGUCUUGCCAUUUAACUUUGUUACACAGAACAUUCAAAUAAAGGCUUCUAAUUCUAAAAAAAAAAAUCCCCAGGCACCACUGCUCUCUCUUUCAGUUUGUGUGCGUGUUCACUGUUUCAGCUUGGUUAAAAGCAGAGGAAGAAUUUCACUGUGCUGUAAUGUAUAUGUGACAAAUAAAGGCUUCUAAUUCUAAAAA